UUUAUGCUUGAAGUUUUCAUUAGUUAACAAAAACUAUUAGCUAACUUUUAAUGUCAAAUGUGGAGUAUACAAAUAAUAUACUCCAUCAAACUUUCCAGGAAAAUCUGCAGACACCUCUAUAAAUUACAUAUAUUCUCAGAGGAAACUUGAGAAUUAAACUAUCAGCAUCCCAUCUGUUUGUAAAGACCCGGACAUGAUGUUUGUUGGAGUACCAAGACCUAUUUUUCUAUUGCUGUUCUUAGCUUCUGCUCUUGUUCUGAGCUAUUUUCUACAAUCAAUCUCACGACGCGAUCUUCAAUUCUCGUCCAAUCCUCUGUUUGUGUUUUCGUUGUUUAACAUCAUUAUCGGUGCCAUCAUUGUUGGAAAUUACAGGCCAUCUUCCGGGGAAGCUGACGAUGCCAUAUCUUUUGUAUAUCAUUCGUAUGAACUAGAAGAAGAUGGAGCUGAUGACUCUGCGGAUGCAAAGAGUGAUAAAUACUCGAGUUUGGAGGGUUGUGACCACUGUAGGGACCAUGUUGAUGACAACGAUGAUGGUGAAAGUGAAGAUGAUGAUUUUGAUUUUGAAGGCUACGAAGAAGAUGACGACGACAGUGGCAGCGAUGACGAGAUUGAUUGGGGAGACAUGGAUGAAUAUGACUGUAAUUUGGAGAAACGAAUCGAAGACUUCAUUGAUAAGGUUAACAAGGGAUGGAGGGAAGAGAGGUUAAGGGAUGGUCACUCCUAUCCUUUACAGCUAACCUACCUGUGAAGUAUUUACAAAGCUCAAGAAAAUAAUAAUUUAUUUUUACUAUAA